GGCACGGAUCAGGUUCGCGUGCUGGGCCUUGUAUCAAAUCUCUCCACCCCGGUAGGUAGAUCGCUUGCUCAACAACAGUGAUCAUCGGGUUGGUCUCUCUGAAUAUAAAAAGACGAUGGGAUAUGUGAUUGUAAUCGACCUUCCUUUUUGUUUUCUUUCUCUCCAUCCCGCCAACGCUCUUUGCUUCAUCUGAACAAACACACAAACAAAUUCCGACCCGGUGUCGUUUAUAUUCUUCUUCAAGCUUCAAUUUUUUAACUACCCGACCAGGCGUCGCUCUUUAAACUACACCGCUCACUCUCUUAAUUUGUUCGUGUCCAAUCUCGGUCAACACACCUUUUAAUUCAAAAUGGUCCGCAUCACCAUCGCAGCUACCCUGGCUUUCGCCGCCCUCGUCAUGGGUCAGGCCAUCCCCAACAACGCCGGCGCCCGCUCGGUCGGCAACGGCCAAGGCCAGCAGUUCACCACUGGAGGUUGCGUCGCCAACGCCGACUGUCAGGAGGGCUGCUGCGCCAACAACGGCCAGGGUGUCGGUAUCUGCUCCGGCAUCGGUGCCGAAUUCCAAAACGGCAAGCAGGGCUGCGGCUUCAACGACCCCAACGCCGCCGCCACCAUCGCCAAGGCCAAGGAGCAGGUCCAGCGCCAGGGCUUCUAAGGGAAGAGAUGGAGAAAGAGGAAGAAGAAAAAAAGGUUUUUGGGGAAGAGCUGAGGCUGGGGUCGGCAGGAACAUGCAUCUCUUGAAAUAUAGAGGGGGUUUCUUGUCUACCUGGAGGGUUACUCCGAGGGCUUAAUGGAUUGGGGCUCUCGUUGUGUCCUCGAUAAUAUCUUGCAACAGCUAGAGCCACUUUGAGAUUUUCUAGUUAGUUACCAGCAAGAGAUGAUGUCCGGGAUUUGAUCGAAUUGAUCAAGUCCUGACUCAAUACAAUAUCCAAUCAACAAGCACAAUUAACAGUCAGCCAUUGAGGUUGUGAUACAAAUGCAUCUUUCACGGCUGGCCCAACGACGACGGUUAUCUUUGCGUACAGUCGGCAACCGGCAAAAUAAAACAUGGGUAGCGAAAAGUCGGCGGUCUGGUGGUUGCCAAGAAAUGCCAGGCAGCCGUUCAUGGUUAGAUGAUUUGAUCCAGGAUAGGCAAUUGACCGAGACGGCCUUGACCUCAAAUUCCUCUCCCUUUUCACAUGUACGUUCCCACCACGUAAAAGUAAAACCUCAUGCAUCAAAAUCGAUGAUGGGUGUAUGCAUGUCGACGCCAACAAUGGAGCUCCUCGACCUACCAAACGAAGUCCUGCAGGAGAUCUGUAACCAGUUGGAGGGACCACGUUUUGUUGUGUCGGGCCAUAGCAUCUUUUCCACUCCCGACUUUGUACCAGACAGCCCGUCGCUCGCCAACCUCUGUCUCGUGUGCAAGCGCCUUCGAGACAUUGCACAGCCCGUCUUGUUCAAGACCUAUCACAGACAGGUGCAUUGGAACUCUCGUUCUGAGACCAGGCUUUUCCAAUUCACCCUCGCCGUCGCCAAAAGCCCGCGCUUGGCCUCUUAUGUUCGCAGUGUGCACGCAGAAUACCUGCAGCCAGAUUGGGACGCGGGGAACACAGGCGACGAGGUCUUCCUCGCAUCCAUCGCCAAGGAGAGCCUUGGGUUCCCCAGCGAGGAUUACAUUGCUCGGGAACCCAACUAUUAUAACGAACCCAAGAGUUAUCUAGGGGAAGCGAUACCGGCCUUGCUCUUGCUCCUCUGUCCGAGCUUGGAGGAGCUCAAAGUUUUCGUCGCUGACAUGGAAGCCGAAACCAACGGUUGGAUUGGAGGUUGGACCAAAGGGCCCUGGCAAGAUGCAGACCACGCGGCUGAUCCCUCUACCGGGCACAAUAAGAAGUUGGCCCUCAGCUCACUGGCUCUGGAUUUCACAUAUGAGGAUAACAGCCCGGAGGAAGACAUGGUGAGCCCCGAUCUGGCCUUGGUCAACGACAUCGUGCGCUGCGCACCGCAGCUCCGAAAGCUCAGGAUAAGCGACUGCUUGUGCCUGAUGGAGCCCGAAAAAAUCGCACUGGGCAACCUGACAGUCCUGCACCUGCGCAACUGCGGCCUGGAGGUCGAGAGCCUGCGUUGCGUGCUCAAGGCGGCGGCACAGCUCGAGACCUUUAGUUACACGCCCUUCGGACUGUAUAGCGAAGCCAGAGAAACCAGACCCCUAGGCGACCAGAGCCUCCCGCGGGAGGUCUUUGAAGCCCUGGUCGCCAGUCCCUGCCGCGAGACGCUCCUGCACCUGUCGAUAAACUUUGAGUGCCCCGCCGAGGUACUGGGAGAGGGGCAGGACCUGACGGGCUUCCUGGCUGCGCGCCCAAAGUCAAGUCGAUUCCCCUUCCCCCGGUUGCAGACGCUCGUGCUGUCGGACGGCUGCCUAUACGCACCCAAUUAUCGCGGCGGGUCCCAGGUGCUGGCGGAUGCGUUGCCGGCAGGCAUGAGGCAGCUCGAGGUGGUGGACGUCAGGGAUCCGUCGAGGCCGCGUGACGACCUGGUUCGGGUGGCGAAGCGAUCCAGCGCACUCGAGCUGCCCGAGAUGCGUGUCAUUUCGGUGGCGGAGGCUAGAGGCGACAAGCAGGAGAUCAGCACCGAGUGGGGCCGGGACUAUGGGUACGAGCCCUUGUUCGACGCGCUUGACGAGGAGACUGGGGAUUGGGCGAGGUGCCACUACUAUCAGCAAAAUAUCAACUCAUCCCAGAGCAUUUAGUGUUUGGGUUGUUGUUUGCGUUAAUGCUUUGGAGGAUGGGUUCAUGAUUUAAGCCUGUAAUCUCAACUGGUCGCAGGAAAUGUCGAAAUAUUACAUCUGGUGUGUCCUGCUUCAUCUGUUGGCUGGCGUUGACUUGGAUUGUUGUGUGCUCACUCCCCCACAGAUUCACCGAUACCCACCAGUGAGUGAAUCUAGACUAGUUGCUCCUCUCGGGAACAAUACCCCGUGCUGACCCACCAGGCCUUGCAAGACCUGCGAAGCUUCUGAUCUUUUC